AUGUGUGACGACGAAAAUGGCCCGCAACGUAAGAAACAAGCAACUUUGGAGGAGAUUUUUGAUAAGAAAUCACUUAAUAGUGACGACAAUAUUUGGGCGGAAGAUAUAACUCGCACUAUUGCAGAGGAAACAUGUGUACACAUGGAGCUGUUUGAUCUCGUGAAUAAAAAUAUAAACUCUUCUUCUGUGUUAAAUAUUGUUAAAUUUUAUGAUUUUAAGCCUACGAGGUUCAAAUACUUGGCUAACCUACGUUUGGUGUCCCAUAAGUUUCAAAGCGCAAUUAUGGAUUCAAAAGUUGUUUUAAAGAACAAAAAUCCCCAUGAUAAAGCUAAUAUUUUCUCGAAAAUAUUUUUAUGGUGGAGUUUUGGUGUCUUCCGUAAAGGAUAUAAGCAAGGCCUUACAAUAAAAGACCUGUUUCAAGCGCGUAAUGACGAUCACUCAGGGCGACUCGGCGAUCGUUUGGAAGAGGCGUGGCAAAAAGAACUUGAUAACGCUCGUCGCAAAAAUGUAAAACCUUCACUUGUGAAAGCUAUAAUAAGGUCCUUUUGGCUUGAAUAUAUGUUGUGUGGGUUUUUGACUGGAAUAAUGUUUAUUAUUUUAUGGCCGUUAAUUCCUUUCACGCUGGCAUUAUUUAUUAGAUAUUUUUCCGAUGAAAAGACUCCAGAAAAUUAUAGAAAUGCUCAUAUUCAUAACUUUCUUAUGAAUUUAUUUAGUAUUUCAACAGUCCUUAUAUUGAAUCAUGCACAAUUAGCUCAAAGUUGCGUUGGUAUGAGAGUAAGAAUUGCUUGCUGCUCUUUACUGUAUAGAAAGAUAUUGAAACUCAGUUGUUCUGGUCUGGGUCAAACUGAACCGGGACAGGUGAUAAAUUUAAUGUCAAACGAUGUUAACCGCUUUGACAUAGCAGCUCCAUAUUUGCACUAUAUAUGGGUUACGCCGAUCGUGGUACCACUAGUAUCGUAUCUCGUGUGGCAGCACGUUGGCCUAGCGACACUAGCAGCGCUUGCCGUCAUAUUUCUGCAGACUGUUGUUGUUCAAGCAUACUUAAGUAACCUUCAAGGCAAAUUCAGAGGCAAGAUUGCUAAACGGACUGAUGAAAGAGUUAAAGUGAUGAGCGAACUCGUGGAUGGAGUCCAAGUCAUUAAGAUGUACGCUUGGGAGAAACCCUUUGAGAAGUUGGUGGAUAAACUAAGAAGAUGGGAAGUGAAAUACAUAUUGAAGACUUCUGUUAUUAAAGGCUUCUCGACUGCUUUGAUGGUGUUCACAGAGCGUUUCAUCCUAUUCGCGGCAAUCGUAGCAUUCGUCUUGUUGGGUGGUGAUAUACGAGCCGAAAUAACGUUUUCUCUAGUGCAAUACUUCAAUCUCUUGCAGUGUGCCUGCAACAUAUAUUUCCCAUGGGCUCUAGCAUUUUUGGCGGAAUCGAUGGUCUCCGUCCGAAGAUUAGAGGAAUUCCUGUUGUUGGAUGAACUAAAAUCACUUAAAACUAAAGAUAUUUUAUCUGAUUCUAAAGGCCCCAUUACUAAUGGCGUGAAUAAAGAAAAACAAUUGGAGCAGGACAAACUAAAUCCAACAGGAUUGACACUAACCAAUAUUAGUGCUAGUUGGUCAAAGAACACUAUCGGAGAGACUUUGAAAAAUAUAACAUUGAAUGUAAAAUCCGGAGAGUUCGUAGGUGUCGCUGGACUUGUUGGAUCAGGAAAGUCAAGCCUAUUGCAACUAAUUCUGGGUGAGUUAGAACCAUCGCACGCUCUCUUUAAAUCGCCCACUCUUUACUUUUGCUACCGUGCGUCAGAAUAUUCUAUUUGGACUGCCCUACGAUCGCGUGCGUUACAAAAAGGUAAUAAUGACGUCUGGAUGCGGCUGUGGGUAGUUUCGGCAUGUGCAUUACUUCGUGAUUUUGAGUUGCUGCCGGCUGGUGACGCAACAUUGGUGGGUGAACGUGGUAUCAGUUUGAGUGGAGGCCAACGUGCCCGUAUUGGUCUAGCCCGAGCUUGCUACAGACAGGCAGAUCUGUACCUUCUUGACGACCCGCUGUCGGCCGUGGACACUCACGUGGGCAAACACCUAAUAUCCGAGUGCGUCACCGGGCUCCUACAGAACACCACACGCAUCCUAGUAACACAUCAGCUGCAUCAUCUUAAGGGAGCCGACAGUGUGGUAAUAUUACGAAAUGGAGAAAUUGAAACUCAAGGCACGUUUGAAGAAGUGUCCCGCUCGCCGUUGUUCGAAGAACUGCUAGAAGAAGAUGAACAGCCUGAGCCUGAAGGGUGCACACAACUUGUGCGGACUAUGUCUAUAAAGUCGCACACCAGUGUCGAUAGUACGGUUGCAGAAUACGGCAAUGAAAAUGAGGAGGAACCCGAGGAAACCGCCGAGCUCAUGGAAAAAGGGCGCGUGUCCGGGUCCGUGUACGUGAAGUACUUCCGCGCGGGCGGCGGCUGGGCGCUGCUGACUCUCAUGCUCGUGUCUAUUUUACUGGCACAGGCUGUAACCUCCAUCAGCGACCUCUGGCUCAUGCAUUGGAUGAACGACGUCGAAGCGAAACACUUACGAUUCGAAGACGAGAAAUUCAACGCAAAUUACACGAGCACCAACAACGAGACAAACGUAUUCAACGAGACAACGGAACCACUAAUGCUGGAUGAUGCAGCCACUGACCCAACUUCACCAACGACAAUGAAUCCAAACCUUACCGUCAUAGGCACAAUGGUUAAAGCAGCACUAACUAUACAGAAUAUUAAUGUAGGGGAGGAAUCAUCAGAACAUUCUUAUUAUAUAUACAUUUGGGCGAGUGCUAUAUUUGGAUGCAUAUUGCUUACAACUGAAAGAUCUCUGCUGUUUCUUUGGAUAUGCAUGCGCAGUUCUAUUAAGUUGCACAAUUUAAUGUUCAGUAACAUUCUUGCAGCCACAAUGCGCUUCUUUGACACUAAUCCAUCAGGACGCAUUCUAAACCGAUUUUCCAAAGACAUGGGCAUUGUUGAUGAGAUACUACCGAGAAUGUUCUUGGAGAGUGUGCAGGUGUUUAUGGUUAUGCUGGGAAUUUUAGUAAUGGUGACUAUAGUGAACCCGUACAUGUUGCUCACGACCGCUGUCUGUGGCGUGUUUAUGUACAUGUGGACGAUGGUCUACCUCAGCACAUCGCAAGCCAUGAAGAGAGUGGAAGGGGUGACUCGGAGUCCCGUAUUCUCUCACGUAUCGGCCAGUAUGGCGGGUCUGACCACAAUCCGCGCGAGCAAUGCUGAAGAGUUGCUCCGUAUACAAUUCGACGACAAACAAGACGUGCACACGGCGGCAUGGUACUUGACACUAACAUCAAACACCGGUUUCUCGAUAUGGUUAAGUCUUAUGUCAGCCGUCUAUGUCAUCAUUGUGGCUUAUACGUUCCUUUUGUUAGAUGACGAUACGACGAAGUCCGGUUACGUUGGGUUGGCACUGUCUCAAGGCUUGAUUCUUGUGAACAUGGUGCAAUACGGCGUCAAGCAGGCGACGGAGGUGGUAUCUCAGAUGACAAGUGUGGAGCGCGUGAUGCAGUUCACGUCGCUGCCGCAGGAGCAGACGGCCGGCCCGGCGCCGCCGCCCGGCUGGCCGCAGCGCGCCCGGCUCGUUUUCAAGGACCUUUACCUGCGUUACGACGUGGAAGCCGAACCGGUACUGAAGAAUCUAAAUAUUGUUAUCGAGAGCGGCUGGAAGGUCGGUGUCGUGGGACGUACGGGCGCGGGUAAAUCAUCGCUCAUAUCAGCUUUGUUUCGCCUGGCACCCAUUGACGGCCACGUGUACAUCGACGAUGUUGACACCGGCGAAAUAGCUCUCAAGGCGCUUAGAUCCAAGAUCGCCAUUAUACCUCAGGAGCCGGUUUUAUUCUCCGCCAGCUUGCGCUACAACAUGGAUCCGUUUGACAAGUACACUGAUGCCGACAUAUGGCAGGCGUUAGAACAGGUGGAGAUGAAGCAGAGCGUGACGUCACUGUCGGCGGCGGUGGCGGCGGGCGGUGCCAACUUCAGCGCGGGCCAGCGCCAGCUGCUGUGCCUGGCGCGCGCCGCGCUCGCGCGCAACCGCCUGCUCGUGCUCGACGAGGCCACCGCCAACGUCGACCCCAAUACUGAUGCCUUAAUCCAAAAGUCAAUACGCAAACACUUCGCCGAAUGCACAGUGAUAACGGUGGCUCAUCGACUGCACACUGUCGCCGACUCCGAUCGAGUCAUCGUCAUGGAAGCCGGUCAGAUUGUGGAAUCAGGUCAUCCACACGAGUUGCUACAGAAAAGUGACGGCUACUUCACCCGCAUGGUGAAGCAAUUGAGCCCCGCCUCGGAGCAGAGUCUGAGGGAGCUAGCUAGCAACGCCUACGCACGACAUAUCAAAUACGUAGACGCCGACGAACAAGGCCAAUUUUAA